GUUUUACAUCAAACCAGUUGGGAGAGAAACAUCAUCAGAUCUGAUCCGAUCAGGUCACCCCUCCUUCCCUCCCUCUCUUCCUCCUUAAACUCAGCACUCACUCUAGUCAUAAACAAUGAGGAAGCCGGAACCCUCUGUUGUAAGUAGUACCGGGAAGAAUAACAAGAACAACAGCAUGAGUAACAAGCUGAGGAAGGGUUUGUGGUCGCCGGAAGAAGACGAGAAGCUGAUGAGGUACAUGCUCAACAAUGGCCAAGGCUGCUGGAGCGACGUGGCAAGAAAUGCUGGCCUCGAGAGGUGCGGCAAGAGUUGCAGGCUUCGUUGGAUCAAUUACCUGAGACCUGACCUUAAGAGAGGUGCCUUUUCUCCCCAAGAAGAAGACCUCAUCAUCCACUUCCAUUCCCUUCUUGGUAACAGGUGGUCUCAAAUCGCAGCACGCUUGCCAGGACGAACUGACAAUGAAAUCAAGAACUUCUGGAAUUCGACCAUAAAGAAACGUCUGAAGGUUCUGUCCUCCUCCUCCUCCUCCACUGCCUCACCAAACGCAAGUGAUUCUUCCUCGGAUCAGCCUAACAACAAAGACUUUUUCACCGCGGCCGGAGGAGGAGGAGGUUUCAUGAACAUCAUUCCACCGUCAAUGAUGCCCAUUUACGGGGAUUCAUCCAUGCAAUCAACCUCCCUCAUCAACCACAUGUUUGAUCCGUUUCCAAUGGUCGAGCAUGGCGGGUACUACAACAAUGGAAACCCAUGCACUGCACAGAUCGGAUCAUCAGUUGGUAGUGGUGCUGAUGAUUGUGGGUUUGAAGAAAAUAUUGAAGCGUUUGGGAACGUCAAUAUCGGGGUAGAAGAAGACAUCUUUGUGCCUCCCCUAGUGAGUGUAAGCACCACUGACCAGGAUCAAAAUCUAAAAACGGAAACUAUCUUCUAUGAUAAUAAUAAUUACUACAGUAACAGUAACAAUAUCAUCAAAGGUGAAAACAUGAUCGGGGUUGGGAAUUACUUUGAAGAUGAUCAGGAUCAAGGGCUAACAAUGGGAGAGUGGGAAUGGGAGGAUCUGAUGAAAGAUGUUUCCUCCUUUCCUUUUCUUGACUACCAGAGUUGAGAUCAAUAACAGCCACCCAAUAUUCCCUCUC